AUGAAGAAGGUCAUGUCUGAUUGUGUCUCGGGGAGUGAGGCUAGGAUCAAGAAGGUUACGUUCUUUGCCGACUCGGAGAUUACUAUACAUAGACUGAGAGCAUGGAGAUCUGGUAGUGAUCAGUGGAUACAAGGUAUGAAGGCCAAGAUCAAGGAUGGUGCUGUUAUGAACACCCCGGGAACUAGGGGAUUUUGUAUUGAUGAGGAUGUGGACCUAUCUCCUAUGGAUAUGUUCAGAGCGUAUGCUCCUCGCAGACUGUUGAAUAAUCUAGGCAAGGAUGAGAUCGUAGACAAACUGCAUAUGAUUCCACCUGAUGUGCCUUCGGUGAUUCAGGAUUUUGCUACUCAGGUUAAGAGCAACCAGGAAGUGAAGUAUCGGGAGUAUAGAAGGUUAUGGGAGUUACGACGAAGUGAGUCAUUUGAGAAGGUGCUUGGUAAAAUUCAACAGCAUCGAGAAUUUAGUUUGGGAGAUAUUGUAUACCGAUGGAGGCCUGCAGAGUCUAAGUUGUGUCCGUCCUGGGAUGGUCCAUGGGAGAUUGUGCGUUUCCUGGGCAAGACGAGGGUUAUAUUAAGAUUAUUGAAGGAUACUCGAAUUGAGGGUUAUGAAAGUGUCAACAACUUGAAGAAAGCCUCUAGAGAUGGUAGUGAAGUUGAUGCUAUGGUCGACUAUUGGAUGGAAUGUUCUAGGUGUGGUAAGUGGAGAAUGACCACUAAGGAGGAUUGUGAAAAGUAUGCGGCAGUUGACGAUGAGAUAAUGAACAAGGGGAUUGGUCUGUAUCUCAGGUUGGAGCAUUGCCGAAACCUUCUAAGAUUCAAGUAA